AUGGAAAAGCGCGUUUACGAAGUUUGGAAAGGAAGUAAUAAGUUUGUACUUGGUGGGAGGCUGAUAUUUGGGCCAGAUGCUAGGUCUCUGCUUGUCACCUUAUUGCUGAUCAUUGUUCCUGUUAUUAUCUUUUGUGUAUUUGUUGCAAGGCAUCUUCGGCAUGCAUUUUCUCCUUAUAACGCAGGAUAUGCAAUUCUGGUGGUAGCAAUUGUCUUUACCAUCUAUGUGUUGAUUCUUCUUUUCCUCACAUCAGCCCGGGAUCCAGGAAUCAUACCUCGCAAUUCACAUCCACCAGAGGAGGAGUUCCGCUAUGAUUCUUCUGUUUCAGCAGAGAUUGGGGGAAGGCAAACACCCAGCCUUCAGUUCCCUCGAACCAAGGAAGUUAUGGUUAAUGGAAUUUCUGUGAGGGUGAAGUAUUGCGACACCUGCAUGCUUUAUCGCCCUCCCCGCUGCUCUCACUGUUCCAUUUGCAACAACUGUGUGGAGCGUUUUGAUCACCAUUGCCCUUGGGUGGGGCAAUGCAUUGGACUACGCAAUUACCGGUACUUCUUUAUGUUUGUUUCUUCGGCAACUCUUCUCUGCAUCUAUGUGUUCUCCAUGUCAGCAUUGUACAUCAAGGUUUUGAAGGAUGAUCACCGUGGAACAGUUUGGAAAGCAAUGAAGGAAUCUCCUCCAUCUGUCAUACUAAUGGUAUAUUGUUUCAUUUCGCUUUGGUUUGUAGGCGGGCUCACUGGGUUCCACUUGUACCUCAUAGGAACAAACCAGACUACCUAUGAAAAUUUUCGAUAUAGGGCUGACAACAGAAUCAAUGUUUACAAUCGGGGUUGUCCAAGUAAUUUUCUUGAAGUAUUUUGCACAAAGAUAAAGCCCUCAAAGAACAAUUUUCGGGCUUUGGUUCAAGCGGAGGUAUCAAGGCCUACUUUACCCAGUACUCGGGAAGCAGAAGCAGAAGAUCUAGGUGGAGAUCCACGAUCAAAGGUCGAGGAUGAUCUAGAGAUUGGUGAAGAUCUAUUGAAGAUCUCCCAGCGGCGUAAUAUUGAGGAAAUUGACGAGGACAUUCGCAGUAGAGGAAGCAAUGGCCCUCCUCAUACCACCUUGGAGGUUGAUUCUGUUCUGGGUUCUGAUCAUCGAGCUCCCACAAUUCGAUCCGACACUAGACAUUCAAGUUGGGGAAGAAGUGGUAGCUGGGAAAUUGCGCCUGAUGUCCUCGCCAAUUCCACAGUUACCGAAAGCAGAAGCUAUAUCACUCCAAAAGAAGCUCGCCAAUGAUGGGGUAAUUUGUAUAGUUGCCAUUGCAAGAGUGAUGUGCAUUCUCUUGAAUAGUGUUUUCCUGGUAUGGAGGGGGAGGUUUCAUUGAUUAGAGAAUGACAAUGAUCCAACGGGGAGUGAAAUUUACUCCCCUUUUAGGCAUGAAAGCUUGUAUUACCAAUUUCUUUUCUUCUUCGUUUUGGGAAUUCUAGCACUUUGUUUUUUCAGUUUUCUUUUGGAAAGCAGUCGAUAGGAAUGCGUCUGUAAUUGUUUUGAGAAGAUAAGUGAAUAGCGUCUUCCUUUUAUUCUUUCUUUUCUCUUAGUAUUGUUGAAUGAUAUGCAAUGUUGGGUGGAAUGCCUAGUUUUGUUUUUAUUUCAGUUGUAAAACAUUAUUUUACUGCUCCAGACACAAUUAUAGAAUUUAGGAAGCUUUCAAUGA